CUUUGUAAUUUAAUUUCAUUUUUAAGUUUAUUUCAAACAUUUAAUUGAAAUGUUAUUGGCAAACUUUCAAUAUCAUUGCCGAAUAUGUUUAACAACGUUGCAUAAUGAGAACGAUAACGAUGAAAGUACUCCAAAAUAUGUGUCAAUAAAAAAAUUCCCAGAGAUAGAACGCUUGUUCAUGAUAUGCCUUCAGACGGCUGGUACUACUGUAGAUCAUGAUCUUUUGGAGAAGCAUGCACCAAAUAUAUGCUUAAAUUGCCUGAAUAAAUGGCUUGAAUUCGUAAAACAUUAUUGGUUAGCGGUGAGGAGUUCGGAAAGUUUUCAAAAAGCUCAAGCAGAAGUUGCGAAAACGUUGGAAAUCGAAUCAAAUGACGAUAAUAAGUUUAGUGAAAUCUUCCUUUCAACUGAUACAACCGAUAUGGAUGUUGAAAAAUAUGAAACAACUUCUCCAUUUUAUGAGGACAGUCUACCAUCGUGCCCUGGGGAGAGCAUUUCACAUCUGAACGAAGAUGCUAUUGAAACAUCUUCUGCUAAGAACUGUACCGACUCAAAACAAUCUGUUCACCGAAAAUUGCGGACUUUAAACUCAUGUAACAAACUGAAAAAACCGAAGAAUAAACGACAAAUUUGUAGAAUUAAUAAACGAUGCCGCAGAAUUGAAGAUUCCGAUAUUGUAGAAAAUUCCAAGGCCAAAGAGAAUUCUGGCGCAACCUCUUCUAAUAGCAGCCGGAAAAAAAUGCGUUACCAUUGUGAGAUCUGCAAAAAAUUCUUCUAUGAAAUUAAUAGAUAUGAAGGUCAUAUCAAGCAAGUCCAUGAAGGCGUAUCAAAACCUUAUAGCUGUCAGGUUGAAGAUUGCAAUAAAACCUAUAGCAAGUACAAAAACCUCACUUAUCAUAUAGCCGAAAAUCAUAUGGCAAAGGACCAAGAGGAAGUUUACAAGUGUGAGGAAUGCAAUGAAAAAAUUUUUAAAACGAAUGAAACACUAAGGCAGCAUAUAAGAAAUCAGCACGCUCGAUCUAAAGAUGACCCUAAAGUCAAAGAUGGUGACAGCUUUGGUGAGAACAACAAGGCACAGACUGGCUCAAUUUGUGAUCAGUGUGGGUUUAUAGCAGCCCAUCAAUAUACCCUAGCUCAACAUAUUAAAAACAAACACAUGGAGGCACAAAAAGUCAAAUGUGAAUAUUGUCCCAAAGUAUUUAAGUCCCAAAGCUAUUUGAAAUACCACAUGCUAAGUCAUAAUCCUGCGAGUAAAAAACCCUUUCAAUGUACGGAAUGUCCAAUGGCAUUUGGACGAAGAACAUUGUUGAAUAUCCAUAAACGUACCCAUCUCAACUACAACGAACGUUUGAAAUGUGACUUUGAGGGCUGUAAUGUGCGAUUUGUAAAACCUGCUGAUAAGAGGUUACACAUGCGCUUAGUACAUUUGAAAGUUAAAAAACACGUAUGUGAUUUUUGUGGAGAAGCUUUUGGUGCUAUGCAAACUCUACGACAUCACCGCUAUAUACACACCGGAGAGAAACCAUAUAAAUGUAGUGUAUGUGGGCAGGGAUUUAGGCAGCAUACAGCAAUGAAAACUCACCGCAAGGGGCAUUUCGGAAAAGGAGAAGAAGUUGGACUGCAGCAACAAGGUAAUGAAAUAGCACAGUCGUCCGAAUGAUAAGCAAGUGUUGGAAAUUUUCAAUAUAAUAAAAGAACCCGGUGGAUUGCUUACCGGCCAAUGGCUGUCACCUAAGUGUA